AAAAAUAGUUUGCUUAUGACGAGUACGAUAAUACGUAGUCUAUUGAUUGUAUAUAUUUUACCAUACAUUUGUAUAUACAAUUUAAAAGAUUUUAUUUUAACCAUUCGUCAGGGAAUUGUUAAAGACGACAAUCAUAGGGUGCUGCGUAUAUUUUUAAUAUAUCAUCUUCGUCAUUUUCUUAUUCGGCUUUGGUCAUUGAUUAGGAAAAUAAUUUCUAAAUAUGAUGAUAUGACGUCGUCGUUGCCUUACAGAAGAUUUGGAAACGAAAACUAUUCGGACUGCCAACUGGAACUUCGUACGACAAAAGAGAUUAAAGUGUACAAUAUUGAUGGUACAUACCAAUCAGUUUUAGUUACCCCAGAAUUGUCGUCAGAAGAAUUAUGCUCUCAAUUGAAGAAAAAUAUCCUCAGCGACUGUUUCGACUGGUCCAUUGUUGAAUUGUGGAAGGACGAAGGAAUAGAGAGGACUUUGGAAAACCAUGAAUCAGUGUUAAUGUGUUACGAACAGAUGAAACAUGAAAACAGAACUUUGGAGCUUAGAAUAAGCAAUAAAAUGUUUGACAUGUACAAGCAUCCAGAAGUAAAUUUUAUUGAGUAUUCUCUCUACAAAUCUUUGGAUUUCGAUCACAAAAGAGAAGCCAAAGUAGCACAAAAAGUACUUGAUGGUGACAUUGAUCCACUACAUUUUGGCCAAGUAUGGAUAUAUGAGUGCAAUAAAUUAGAUCCCUCUUGGGAAGUAACAAUUUUAUUGCUCAAGGAUAAAAAACUUUAUCUUUCACCUAAUCAUCAAAAUAUACUAACAUUUAUUAAAAAAACUGAGAAUGGCUGCUUUCGUAAUAAUAAAUCGACCAUAUCUCGAGAUAAAUGCCAACUACAAAUUUGGGCUUACCUAUGUGACUUCAAGGUGUACACAACAAAUAAAAAGUUGAAGGGUGCCCCUACAGAUUAUAGUCUGUGUUUGGUGGACGCCAGUGGACUAAAGCAGUACAUUGCGUGCAAUUCCAAAAAGUCACUAUCCUAUUGGAUGUGCGCUAUGAGAUUGUCGAAAUACGGCAAGCAAUUAAGAGAUAACUACAGAUCAUUUGUGAAAAAGCACAAUGAUGCUAAUGAAUAUGAAUAUAAUAAGAAACCGUUACCUAAUGAGAGUGUACGGUCUCACGUAGCCAUGGACUUUUCUGGAAAUGUAGGUCGUAUUGUAGAAGAUCCAAAAGAAGCACUUGCCAUUGCUCAAGCAGAGACUGGUAGUGUACGGCGGAGUUGGCGGUCUAGCGGUAGAACUACCCCUGGUCUUCAAACUGCUGUGUCUAAACUUGAAAAUGAUAUUCACCUAUCUCAGCCAUGGUAUCACAAAAAUAUGAGUCGUGAUCAAGCUGCCAAUGUUCUUAAUGGACUUGGGAAUAAAGAUGGUGUAUUUUUAAUUCGUGAGAGCAAAAGUAAAUGUGGCUCCUAUGUUCUAACAUACAAAUGUGGUGGUAAAAUUGUCCAUACGCCUAUUGUAGCACAAAUGGAUCCAAUAAAUGAUCAAGUUUGUUUUACUCUAGACAACGGUGUGACCAAAUUUUAUGACCUAUUACAACUAGUUGAGUUUUACCAAUUAAAUGCAGGUAGUCUGCCCACUCGGUUGAUGCAUUAUGUUGUCCAAGUACCGGUCACCAAAUGAAAUUUGCAUGAACACAAUGCACUGACGGCAUACACAGUUCCUGUUGACACAAAAUAUUCUCAUCCGAAAGGUGUGUGACCUAUAAAAUAUGACAGAAUUCUACAGGUAAAUACCUACGAUUUAGGUAUUUUAAUUAUAUCGACCAUCAAAUUAGUUAUUAUUUAUCUUAUUCUUUUUGCCCUUUUUUUCAUUUUCCAACAUACCAUAACGCUAUUGUAAAAAAUUUGGCUGAAUCGUUAAAACAUCUACCAUUUGCACUGUUCAAACUCAAAAAUUUUAUAUUUCUAUGUUACAAUUAGUUAUUAACAUGUAAUCCUUAUGGAUUUAAUAAUUUAGCGCGAUCAGUUCCUAGAUUAACUAGUUCGUAACAUUCAAUCAAGCACCUUUAGGACUUAUAAUUUAAUAGUAAUAUUAGAAAGAAUAAUAAAAAAAAAUCAUUUAUAAUUUUAGUCAUUUAAAAUGAUAAAAUAUUUAUAUUGUGAUAAUUUUUGUCUUGCAUUUAAGCAUGACAGACCAAAUAUUUAGCAUGUAAGCAUACCUAAUAAUAAAUGGAAAUAACAUAUUCUAUUUAACUUAUUUACACGGUAUUCAGUAGUCAAUGUAAAAGCAAUAAUUGUUAUUACAAAAUUUUGUGAAGUAAAGUCCUUAAAGAAAAAUUCAAUUUCGGUUUGUAAUCAUAUAUAUGUACAGAGUCGGCCAUCGUUUUUACUGAUUUCUUGAAAUAUUAUUGUCACAGAAAAAUACCAUGGCUUACUCUGUAUACUCAAUGUAUGUUAUCAGUUAAACAAGCAGUAUCUACCUCCAAUAAUAUAGCAUAUCAAAUUUAAUUUAAUAUAUCAAACAUAGCUCUUGAAAUAGUAAUAAUUAAUAUCACCGCCACAAUACAAUUGUUAAUCAUAUCUGUAUGUCACAAUUGUAUAACUAUUUAAUAGUUUUUUUUUUUUUUCUAAAUAACAAUGUAAUUAUUUUAUUUAUCAAUAAUUUAUUAUCAUUAUAUUAUCAUUAGAAAUAUUACUAAUGGUCUUUAUAUUUUUUUUAUAUACCUUUUUAGACUUGUAUUAUGUGCGUGGCUGGUAGAUAACUUGUUAAACACCUACUGGUUAACAUUAUAUAUUUUAUUCCAUCUAGAGAUAAAGCUCAACCAUCUGUAUCCUGUUUUACUGCUCAUUUUGUAACACUAUAUUCAAUGUUAUAUACCGUACAGACAUGAUCUCAAAUUCUUCUCCCAUGAUUAUAUACUGUUUUCCUUUCAAUAUAUGCAUUACCGUUAGGUAUUAUUAAAUA